AUGAAGGUCUUGUGCUUGUGGCUCGCUGCCCUGGCGGCUUCACCACUGGCUCUUGUCGCCGCUUCUCCCAUCGGACCAACCGGCCCAUGUGAAGGGGCCAAGGUGGACGCCAUCCUCAAGGGCGAGAUGGACCCUUCAGAGUGCUGCUCAUACGGCAAAUGCAAGGGCAGAGUCGUCAUCUCCGUCGGUGACUGA